AUGUUCGCAUUCACUGUGUUCGGGUACAGAAAAGAUGGAAUGAGCGAGGAGGACUACCACAACUAUAUCAGCACCGUGCAUUCUGCCCACCUCAAGGCGCUCCUGGCCAAAAAUGACAUUGUUUCGUACACUAUGCAACAUAACACAGCUGCAGCCAAGGCCGAGCUCAUGAGCACAAUCUACAAAGACCAGAUGCCAGAUGAUAAGAUUGCUGACUGUGAUGCUCUUGUCCGUAUUGUUUUCAACGAUGUCCAGGAUUAUGUACGUGUGAGGGAGGACCCUCACUUCUUGGGUGUGGUGAACCCAGACCAUGCCCACUUCGCAAACUUCCCCAAGACAAAGUUUGCUAUGGGAUGGUAUGAGGUUCAUGUUGCGGAUGGACAGGUUGUAUCCUAG